UAUUAUCUAAAAUCUAUUGCAUUUGUUUAUUGUUAUCAACAUAAGGCUAGCUUUUGAAGUAAACAACAUACAAAUAUUGUAGUAUUAUCGAACAAGAUCAUAUUCAAGACACGUGGUGGUAUAUAUGUAUGAUAUAUGUUUCGUAAAGAACAAGGGGAAGGGUUGACUUACAAGUUACAAUUUACACCACCUUAACUAUUCUCUUCUUUUCAUACACUUGCCCUCACCUAACUCUGAAACCAUGCAACUCCAUUUACUCCUUCACACCAACAUUAAUACCAUGCACCUCAUUCAUUUCCAUUUCACCUGUCCACCACCUUCACUUCCUCCAUAAAUACCCACCACCGUUACCACCAUCAACUCACAACAUUCUUUCAGUCAGUGUACUUGUGAGAGAGAGAGAGAGAGAGAGAGAGAGAGAGAGAGAGAGAGAGUUAGUGAGUUAGAGAGAGAAAAGAUGGCAAAGCUGUCCUUUGUAGCAAUAUGUGUUUGUGCACUUGUACUUUUUGUGCAAAGCAAUGCAAGAGACGUACCUAGUAUCACCAUAAGUGACAAAACUCCCACCAAGGUAAACAUGGCGGCUGCCACCGCACCCGGUGGAGGAGAUGCAGGUGUUAAAGAUGAGAAGAACUUCAUUGCAUACGGUGGUGUUGGUGGUUUUGCUGGUGUAGGUGGAUACACAGGUGUUCUUCCUACACUUGGUGGUGUUGGUGGUCUUGGUGGUGCUGGUGGCGCAGGUGGUGUUGGUGGUGUCGGUGGUGCUGGUGGUCUUGGUGGGCUAGGUGGCAUCGGUGGUGCAAGUGGGCUAGGUGGGGCAGGUGGGAUUGGUGGUGCAAGCGGUCUUGGUGGUCUAGGUGGUCUUGGUGGCGGAGUUGGUGCAGUGAAAGGUGGUGGAAUUGGUGGUGGUAUCAUAGUUCCUUGAAUGGUUAAGAAUUUAGGGUUAUUUUGGUACCAAGUAUUGCUUGCAUGUUUGUUUUUGUACUUUUGAUUUCCUAGUUGUAUGAUGUCAUCGUUUUGUAUUUUUUAUUUGGUCUAGAGGUUAGGUUAAGUUGGUGAGUCUUCACAUGUUAUGGUCUUGUUGUACCUCUCUAUGCAAUUUCAAGAUUUUAUGCUAUUAAUCAUGUUAUCAAUUAUUACUUCUA